AUGGACCAAAAGAUCCCAUAUGAUGACUACCAACUACAUGUGGUCUUUUUACCUUCUUAUGAGAGUCCCCCAGCAUGGAUGGCCCCUCAGGAGCGGAUCCACCAUCCUGACUACAACAAUGAGCUGACCCAGUUCCUGCCACGCACCAUUGUGUUGAAGAAACCUCCAGGGGCACAGCUAGGCUUCAACAUACGUGGGGGAAAGGCCUCCCAGCUGGGCAUCUUCAUCUCCAAGGUGGUCCCAGAUUCGGACGCCCACAGGGCAGGGCUCCAGGAGGGAGAUCAGGUGCUGUCUGUCAAUGAGGCGGACUUCCAGGACAUAGAGCACUCGAGGGUCAGUGAUGUACUGUAG